AUGAAGUCACGAGCCGCCGCCAUCGCCCUCGCCGUGUCUGUCCUCUGCAGCUGUGAUGUUUCCUCAGCGCCUCUGCCGAUAACCUACUCAGGGCUGACGGGCAGCACACAAGCUUCCCGGUUGGCGAUUGCUGCGAGGGCUGUCCAAGGCGACGAGAAAGUUGGCAAGAAGAGGGUCGAAGAUAGAAAAGGAGGGGCUGAUGCGAACUCGGAAAUCGGGAAAAUUGUAGAAAACUCAGAUGAACAGGAAGAUAGCAGGGCCAAUACCCAACCCAAAACUUCAAACGCAACUGCCACGCAGGGCGACGAUGUCCUUGCCGAGGCCGAUGAUAGAGGAACUAAGCGAGUUUCGAAUUCGUCUCAAAGUACUGAGAAGGUAAUGUCGAAAGAAUUGGAAGCCGUCAGUGGUAGCGACAACGAAACGGAAAACGGCGAUGACGGCGAGUUUCCAGACGACGAGGAAGGUGAGGCCGACGAUCGCCCAUCUCGCAGGCUGACGACCAGCGAACUGAUUGCCGAAGCGCGGGCGCACAGCCGUCGCCUCAUGAAAGGAGGUUUUGUUCAAUUUAUCGAAUGGUUGUUUGUUGUGAUUCUCGUUGCUCCGGGGACAUUUCCCGUGUUUGGAUGCGUAAUACUGAGCUGCGCCAAUUUUUGGAGAAGGAGGCUUGGUCUAUCGAGCCCAAGCCCGCCGGCCCCAAAUUCUGAGGCAUUGCCUCGCGCCGUCGUCGGCAAUGCGCAAUCGGCGUAUCAAAGAGUCCCACAUGGAGACCAUGGGGCACUUGUCGCAAGGGCUCGAGGCAAGGGCGGCUCAGAUGAACGGGAGGCGGAAACCCCGUAA